CCCACACCCUCAAGAUAUAUAUCUUUGUAUUUCCCUUUUUUCUCCCAUCUCCAUUAGAGAGAAACUAGACUACAAGUACCAAACAGUUUUAGUCUUAUCAACAAGAAAAAAAGGAAAAUAGUGAAAGAGAGACUCUUUGCUUCUUUUUUUCUCUAUUAGUACCAAAACUCCAAUUCUUGAAUAAUAAAGAGAGAGAAAAAAAAUUCAAAGCAUGGGACGUUCACCUUGUUGUGAAAAAGCACAUACAAAUAAAGGAGCAUGGACUAAAGAAGAAGACCAACGCCUCAUCAAUUAUAUACGUGCUCAUGGAGAAGGUUGCUGGCGUUCUCUCCCUAAAGCUGCAGGAUUGUCAAGAUGUGGAAAGAGCUGCAGAUUGAGAUGGAUAAAUUAUCUAAGGCCUGAUCUCAAAAGAGGGAAUUUUACUGAAGAAGAAGAUGAAUUGAUAAUCAAACUCCAUAGUUUGCUUGGAAACAAAUGGUCAGUUAUAGCUGGAAGAUUACCUGGAAGAACUGAUAACGAAAUCAAGAACUACUGGAAUACACAUAUUAAACGAAAACUCAUCAGCCGUGGGAUUGAUCCUCAAACUCACCGUCCACUCAACGCUGCCGCCACUAACUCUACCAGCACCGUCGUCACAACUACCACUGCCAACAAUAAAAACAUCAGCAUGGAUUUCCAAAACAACGUUGACCAAAAACCCAAUAUUAUUAUUGCCACGUCAUCAUCAUAUGAUGAAACAAAAUGCAACAGUGGUACUACUGAGGAAACAAAGCCACUUGAAAUUGUUAUUCCAAAAAUACCCUCACAAGUUAUGAUAAAUCUUGAACUUUCAAUUGGGUUGCCAUUACUUACUGAUCAUAUUUCUUCACCCGAGUCAACGGCCUCAUACAACUUCUUGACCUCCGUAGCACCACCGCCGACUGCGGAAGUACCGGCGGCGGAGAUGGUGGCGAAAACAGUUUGUUUGUGUUGGCAAAUUGGAUUUCAAGGUGGUGGUGAUCAGCUUUGUAGUAAAUGCAGAAACACAAAUGGAUUUUACAGAUAUUGCUGACCUGGCCUUUUUGGAUUAAUUAAGUACCUAGUACUAAUUUUUUUUUUCUUAAAUACUACUACCAUUUUGUGAUAAGUGAAUAUUUUAUUUUUUAGGUUUAGAAUAUUUUUUUUUUUUUGUUUUUCAUUUUUUGCCUUCUAAUUGUAAUCAUCUACUCACAAACCUUUGCAGUACAUUUGUUGCAACAAAUUACCACGUUAUGAAUUGGAGCAUGUAUUUAAUUUUCCAA